UUGCGGUUGUGGUCAUUUGUAGCGUAUCGCUAUCCGUCGUCAAUAACUAUACGAUACGAUCCCGGGGCGUGUUCUGCGUAACAGAGAACUGAAAGAAACUGACCGGCUUAUUUCACUUUCAUCACUUAAACGAGUAAAGUUAACUCUUUGUGGGUAAAAAACUGAAAUGCGAGCUCUGUUACGACCCGUCACACCCCUGUGAGAGAUCGUGAUUCGUGUUCGUUGCGUGUCUCUGUUUCAAGGGUUGUGCUAUUCCCGCGGCUGUUUAGCAGUGUUUACUAUAGAGUGACUGAGCUGAUGUUGUGCAGUGUAAGUUCUGUGUAAGAUCGCGCGUUAUUCAUUGAUGGGCGGCUUUUUGCACGCGGCGAAGGCGGCAGAUCGGCCGCAACGGCGGAUACCAGCUUUCCGGAGGGUCUACUUUAAAAUCCGCCACACUGGAACUGAUGGAAUUAGAAAAUAUCGUAGCCAACACUGUCUACUUGAAAGCCAGAGAGGGCGGUUCCGAUAGCAACAAGGGCAAAAGCAAGAAAUGGCGGAAGAUCCUCCAGUUCCCCCACAUAUCGCAAUGCUUAGAUAUAAAAACAAAAAUAGAUGUAGAAUACGAUUACGUGGUGGACCAGCAGCCGAUCGGAAAGCUGCUCUUCCGACAGUUCUGCGAACGGAACCGACCCAACUACCACAAGUACAACAGCUUCUUAGAUGCGAUCUGCGCAUCGUGGUCUUCAAGCCAGAAUAACAAGAAAAGCUUACGUACGGAAAGAUACGAGGUGGAGGUGGAUGAGACGCGGACGGCGCUCGCCGUCGAGCUGUUCGGACGGUACCUGAAGACGGAAGAUGGGGAAGCGGUCACGGACGUCGUCCCUCCUGACGUCAUCGAUGACGCGAGCAAGUUACUUGAAGGCGGCUCGAAGGACAUCUUCACGGAGUGCAUACGAUGCGUCAAGAGCUUCCUCGCCGGCAGUCCGUUCUCUGAGUUCGAGAGGUCGAUGUACUUCCACCGCUACCUCCAAUGGAAGUGGCUGGAGGCGCAGCCGGUCACUCAGCACACGUUUAGGAUGUACCGCGUUUUGGGGAAGGGAGGAUUCGGAGAAGUUUGCGCGUGUCAGGUUCGUGCGACUGGGAAGAUGUACGCGUGCAAAAAGUUAGAAAAGAAGCGAAUAAAGAAGAGGAAAGGCGAGAACAUGGUGAUCACGGAGAAACUAAUACUGCAGCGGAUCAACUCUCGCUUCGUCGUCAACUUGGCGUACGCUUACGAGACGAAGGACGCGCUGUGUCUCGUACUCACCAUCAUGAACGGCGGCGACCUGAAGUUCCACAUCUACAACAUGUGCGGCGCCGACACCGGGCUCGGCCUCGAGCGAGCGCGCUUCUACGCCGCGCAGGUCGCCUGCGGGCUCGAGCACCUGCACAAGAUGGGCAUCGUCUACAGGGACUGCAAGCCGGAGAACAUCCUGCUGGACGACGCGGGCCACGUGCGCAUCUCGGACCUGGGGCUGGCCGUGGACGUUCCCGACGGAGGCAGCGUGCGCGGCCGCGUGGGCACCGUGGGCUACAUGGCGCCCGAGGUGAUCGACAACGAGCGGUACACGUUCAGCCCCGACUGGUUCUCGUUCGGCUGCCUCGUGUACGAGAUGAUCGAGGGGCGGGCGCCGUUCCGCGCGCGCAAGGAGAAGGUGAAGCGCGAGGAGGUGGACCGGCGCGUGAAGCACGAGGCGGAGAAGUACUCGCACAAGUUCAGCGAGUGCGCGCGCGCGCUGUGCGGCGCGCUGCUGGCCAAGAGCGCGGGCGCGCGGCUGGGCGGCGCGGGCCGGCGCGGCGCCGCGCUCGUCAAGCAGCACCGCUUCUUCGCGCGCCUCAACUGGGCGCGCCUCGAGGCCGGCAUGGUGGCCGCGCCCUUCGUGCCCGACCCGCACGCCGUGUACGCCAAGGACGUGCUCGACAUCGAGCAGUUCUCCACCGUCAAGGGCGUCAACCUGGACGCGGCCGACGACACCUUCUACGGGAAGUUCAACACCGGCUCCGUCAGCAUUCCCUGGCAGCGGGAGAUGAUCGAGACGGGCUGCUUCACCGAGCUCAACGUCUUCGCAUCGGACGAGGAGGGCAAGGAGAGUCGCACGGCGGACCUGCAGCUGUCGCCGCCCAGCGCGCCCGCCGACACCGACACGGGCUGCUUCGUCUUCGCGAGACGGACGCUGUGCCCGCAGAAGAAGGUCCCGGCGCGCCUGCGGCCCGUGUGCGUGCCGGCGCACCUGCUGGCGCCCGCGUCGCCCGCGCCCGCCAGCUGACCGCCCGACGACGCGCUCGCGGCGCCGCCCGGCCUGUGACGUCGCCCGCCCCGUGACGUCAGCCCGUCUGCGACGUCACACCGCCUGUGACGUCACCCCACCUCCGACGCCGC